AUGGCAUUUAAAGGGUUUGUCUUGUGUCUAGCUAUGGUCCUAGUAGCGGCGAACAUGAUGACUCAAAAUGCAGCUCAAUCAGGUUGUACUACAACACUCACUAGCCUGAGUCCUUGUCUAAACUACAUAAUGGGGAGUUCUUCAACCCCAUCAACUUCAUGUUGCUCACAGCUUUCAACUGUUGUCCAAUCUUCUCCACAGUGUCUAUGCUCUUUGUUUAAUGGCGGUGGUUCAUCUUUUGGAAUCACCAUAAAUCAAACUCUUGCUUUGUCUCUUCCGGUUGCUUGUAAAGUUCAAACUCCACCUGUUAGCCAGUGCAAAGGACAAACAUCUCCUUCAAGUUCAACUUCUCCGGUGGCUUCUCCUGUUGGUUCUCCAACUGAUUCUUCAACUGAAUCACCUGAAGGUUCAAUAACACCUUCUGCUUCAGACUUUCCUUCAGGUGGAGGAUCAAAAAGUGUGCCAUCAACAGAAGGUGGCUCAUCUGAUGGAAGCACUAUUAAAGUCUCGUUCAACUUUGUUCUUUCUCUUGUUACCAUUGUGUUUUGUGUCGUCACCAAGUUCUGA